UUUCUCCUUUUCCUAGGUAAAAAAAAAGUUCACCUAACAGGCAUCAUGUCGAUGGGAAUGGAGAUCGGGGGCAUUGCCCUGGGCAUUAUCGGCUGGAUCAUUAGCAUUGUCGCUUGCGCUCUCCCUAUGUGGCGUGUCUCUGCCUUCGUUGGCGCAAACAUCGUCACCGCACAAAACAUCUGGGAAGGUUUGUGGAUGAAUUGUGUUGUACAGAGCACCGGACAGAUGCAGUGCAAGAUCUAUGACUCCAUGCUAACACUGUCGCAGGACAUGCAGGCGUCCAGAGCCAUGUCGAUCAUCGCCAUCAUCUUGGCCAUUCUGGGCGUGAUGAUCUCCAUCAUGGGCGCCAAAUGCACCAAUUGUAUCGAGGAUGAAGCAGCCAAGGCUACAGUCAUGAUCGUCUCCGGCAUCCUGUUCAUUCUUGCCGGCAUCCUGGAGCUCAUUCCAGCGGCUUGGGUUGCAAACCUAAUCAUUCGUGAUUUCCACAACCCGUUACUGCCCGCCGAUCAGCAAAGAGAGAUCGGGGCAUCCAUCUACAUAGGGCUUGCUGCUGCUGUUCUGUUACUGAUUGGAGGAGCAUUGCUGUGCUGCACCUGUCCUCCACGGGAGAAGAACCCACCGAGAAUUGUCCACUCCGCUCCACGCUCUACUAAUGGUGGAUAUGACAGGAAAACUAAAUGGAAAAUCUUUGGCGUUCUCAUUCUUAUUCAUUGA